AUGAACGGCGUUAUUGAGGCGCUGCACAUCUACGAUGAGCACAACCAUGCUAUCCUGUCGCACACGUACACCUCCCGCCCUCUAUCAGCGCAGCAUCUCCUCCCACUCUACCUCGAACAUCCCACGCCGCGGCCGAAUCUGAUAUAUCUACCGAAUACGAGCCCGCCUACUCUCGUCUUUAGCCUCAAGCACGCGAAUCUCUUGUUCCUGGCGACCUCGUCAUCCGAGAUUGAGCCUCUCCUCGUCCUCGAGUUCAUCCACCGCAUCAUCGACGUAUUCGAAGAGUUUCUUGGCGCUCCCUUGCUGGCGCACAAGAUCGAGAGCAACUAUGAUGUGGUCGCGCAACUUCUUAACGAAAUGUGUGACGCCGGCACGAUAAACACUACGGAACCGAACGCGCUGAGGGAUCUGGUCGAGGUAGAAGGAUGGGUGGGCAAGCUGCUCGGCAGCAUCAACCUGCCAGGGAAGCCUGGAAACUUUGCCACAAGCUUUUCGAACUCGAGCGCACCUUCAUUGAUCGCGGCGAACACCCCGGCUUUGCCCUGGCGCAGGGCAAACGUGCGACACACCUCUAAUGAGAUGUACGCCGACAUCGUCGAGACUCUGACGGUCACGCUCGCGCCUUCAGGACGACCUCUGGCAGCGUUCGCCAACGGAACAAUAGCAUUUACUUGCAAGGUGUCAGGCGUACCUGACAUUGUCAUGACAUUAACGAGUCCAUCCGGAAAACACAACCUCGCGGGUUUUAUGGAGUUGCCUGUAUUUCACCCUUGUGUUCGUCUAUCUAGGUGGAAGGAGAGACCCGGUGAACUCAGUUUCGUGCCUCCGGAUGGCCGCUUCAUCUUGGCGAGCUACGAGGUUGACUUGCUGCCCUUCACCAGCGGCAAGAGUGGCAACAUAGGCGCAAAUAAUCUCAAGCUACCAGUCAACAUCGAAAUGAAGACUGGACUUGGGCCUGCGGGCUCCGACUUUGAAGUCCGUCUUCAUGUGAACAAGGUGCUGGGUGCGGGCGGCCCAUCAUCACAAAGUCAGUAUGGAAGGGGCGGAGGAGGAGCUGGUCGAGGUUUCGGGGGCCCUCAUGCCGGAACACCAGCAUCGCCAUUAAUGGAGGAUCUCAUCGUCACGGUGCCGUUGCCGGCUGAGGUUAGAAACCUGUCAGAGCUGCGGCCAAGCAAAGGAGAUGCGAGCUUCAGCCCCAGCGAGAAGGUUCUGGAGUGGCACAUCCCAACCAAGGAGUUGUCAGUCGGCACAUCAUACUACGGUCUCAGGGGUACGGUAGUUGGCCAGCUUCCUGACGAGGACGAGGAUGAGCUGGACCCCAACGGGUUCGGCUUCGGAAAGUCUUACGGCUACGACGAACCAUACCAGGCUACCAGCCCGGUCAGGACGAAGAAGACGAAAGAAGCGGUGGACGACGAGAAGGAUGCCAAAAAGGUGGCCCAGAACAAGAUGCUGAUGCCCAGCUCGGCCUCGGUGAGCUUCUCGGUCAAGGGUUGGUUACCGAGCGGUCUUAAGGUGGAAAGCAUCAUGAUCGACCCGCGGAAGAGCAAAGGCUUGGGAGAGGGCGUGAAGCCGUACAAGGGCGUCAAGUAUCUGACUGUCAGCAAGGGCGGUGUAGAGACUCGGUGUUAG